CUUGGGGGAGCAGCAGGAGGCCGGCGUUAGCAGAAACGGUCAGAGCGGAGCUGAACCGCGGGGAACUGUCGCUGUUGCAGGGCCGACGAGCGACUGAAACUCCACUGCCAAGAUGUCGGACGAUGAGCAGGAGCAGACCAUAGCCGAGGAUUUGGUUGUCACCAAGUACAAGAUGGGUGGUGACAUCGCUAACCAGGCUCUGCGUCUGGUCGUGGAAACCGCCAGGCCCGGCGUGUCAGUGCUGAGCCUCUGCGAGACGGGAGAUGCCUACAUCAUGGCUGAGACUGGAAAGGUCUUCAAGAAGGAAAAGGAGAUGAAGAAAGGCAUUGCCUUUCCCACCAGCGUCUCAGUCAAUAACUGUGUUUGCCACUUCUCUCCCCUGAAGAGUGACCCUGACUACACACUUAAAGAUGGGGAUCUGGUCAAAAUAGAUCUAGGGGUUCAUGUUGAUGGCUUCAUUGCCAAUGUUGCUCACAGCUUUGUGGUUGGAGCCAGUAAGGAGAACCCCGUCACAGGCCGGAAAGCUGAUGUAAUCAAAGCAGCUCAUCUGUGUGCAGAAGCAGCUCUUCGUCUUGUUAAACCUGGAAAUCAGAACACUCAAGUGACAGAAGCCUGGAACAAGAUUGCUCAGUCAUUCAAAUGCUCACCAAUUGAAGGUAUGCUGUCUCAUCAGCUAAAGCAGCAUGUCAUAGAUGGAGAGAAGACCAUCAUUCAGAACCCGACAGACCAGCAAAGGAAGGACCAUGAAAAGGCAGAGUUUGAGGUACAUGAAGUCUAUGCUGUGGAUGUCCUGGUUAGCACUGGAGAAGGGAAGGCCAGAGAUGGAGGUCUGAGGACCACCAUUUACAAGAGGGACCCCAGUAAGCAGUAUGGCUUGAAGAUGAAAACUUCCCGUACAUUCUUCAGUGAGGUGGAACGACGCUUCGAUGCCAUGCCCUUUACUCUUAGGGCGUUCGAGGAUGAGGCCAAAGCCCGCCUCGGUGUGGUGGAGUGUGCCAAGCAUGAAUUGCUACAACCCUUUAGUGUGCUGCAUGAGAAAGAGGGAGAGAUUGUAGCUCAGUUUAAGUUCACAGUGCUGCUGAUGGCCAACGGGCCUCACAGAAUCACCAACGGACCUUUUGAUCCAGAACUCUACAAGUCAGAGCAUGAAGUUCAGGAUUCAGAGCUAAAGACUUUACUACAGAGCUCCGCAAGCCGUAAAACACAGAAGAAAAAGAAAAAGAAGGCCUCAAAGACAGCAGAAAAUGCCACUGGUCAGCCAACUGAGGAAACAGAAGCCGCAGAAUAAAUAAACAGAUAAAUAAAUACUGCCUUUUCACACAUGCAAGACCCCAAAGAGAAGCAAGAGAAAACACAACAAAUUCCCCCCAAACACUCUGCCCAUUAAACACUUAACAAGAGCUGAUUUCACAGAUUAAACUGAUGAAUUGAUAACAACUUUGUAAUUAAAUGAAUAUUUAAUGAUCCAGCAAGGAUGCUUUAACCCUUUACUGCAGUAAUUUAAUGUUCCAUGGAAUGAGUGUUGCUUUUUCUUCCCUUACUUGAGGAGGAAACAAAGAACAUUUGAAAAGACUUGUUGCCAAACUGGUGCCUGUUUUUUUUGUUUUGAGAAUUCAGUCCUUAUUAUCCACAACUUAAUGUUCUUAAAUUACAACAGAAAGCUUACUGUGGUGUAAUGCAAGUGGAUCAGUCUAUAUUUUGACAUUCUUUUCAUUUUGAAAGAUCAUUGGAUGGUACUGAGAGAAGCCUGGAUCAUAUUUGUGAUAUUAGUGUACCUUCUAUUUGAGGCUGGCAUGAAUCAAAUGAUUCGACUGGCUUGUCACAUAUUUCCUUGAGGCAACAAAGUUACCUGAACUUGUUUAUAUGUCUGCAAAUUUAAUGUUCAAAGAAAUAUCCAGAUAUUUUAUUGUAAGGUUUACGGGCACUUCUGUGUGUGUGAGCGUGAGUGAGAGAAUCACCAGGAACGAACAGUUAAAUCCUCCAGUGCAUUAUCAAACAACUGAGACCUUUUAAGAACAUUUCAUCAGAAACAUGAAUUUCUCACUGCAUCAUGUGGUAAAGGGUUGAAUUUCAAAUUCAUGGCGCUCAUUAAAAUGGCCGACUAAGAAAUGUAACGCAUUUGAUGGUUAACGCCAGGAAUUGUAACGCAACAGAUGGCAUUUGCACCAGAGUUAACGUGGUGAAGGUUUACGCCUCGAUCAUCAAGAUUUGACCACAUUUUUGGCUACGACGAGACAACCACACCUGAUUUUUGUUUAAAGCAAUAACCUGAGCAGAAGACACUUUUUUUGUGUACACUCAAAAAAAACUACAGUUGCAAUCAGCUUGACUCUAGGGAACAAAACUGCCACAUUUACUGCCAUUCCCCUUUGAAUUAUAUGAAAAGAAAGUAAUCUUCACAUGUUGCAAUUUUGAAAACUUUUCUAUUAGCAUCACCUGUAACUUGCUUUACUACACCAUUAGUCUUGUGAAGCAUCAAAACUGGAGCUUGUAAAACUUUGAGAAGGUUUUUUGGGCUUCUUCACUGUAGUUGGACCAUUAAGGAGUUUCACCUGGAGGUCUGGGACAGUGUUGGGAGAAGAGGAAACCUGCUUUGUAGCUCCAUCAGUGGGCAAUGAAACUUUACAUCCAGUGAAAUAAAUCAUUUUCAUACA